AUGGUGCCUUCUGAAGAGCGGCGCAGGGUUCUACUUGGCGCUACACCAGGCACCCCGAACUCCAGCUCAGGGGCCAUGCACACCGCCAACUUUGUGAUUCGAGUGCUCAAAUCGUGGGCUCGGCUUGUGGCCACGCAUCACGUCUGCAAGCUCCCCCCGUUUAUCCAUAGGUUACAGAUAUCUGGAGACAGCAGCAUCCCUCCCCCUUUGGCCAAUUGCUUUACUCUUGUGAAGAUGUGGAGCGAGCAUACACAAGGCAGCAUGGGCUUGGUGGAAAACACAAUUUUGCUAGAGAUCCAAAGGCUACUCCGAGAGUAUGUCUCAUAUAAUGAGGCGGAUCUCUUGGCUGCCCUUCAAUCCCUACUUUUGUUGUUCACUAUUCUUCUUUUUGGUCUAAAUCGGACGGGCUCAGCGAUAGUACAACCCGUUGAGGCUGAGUUAAUAGUCAAGGUAUGGGACGUCAUGUCCUCUGUGACCGGAACAGGCAUCUUGCUAGAGGAAGAGCAAAGUCACGUCUUGCCCACAUGGCGUGAAUGGGCAUUGGUGUCUGCCAAACGGAGGACGAUCCAAGCCCUUCAUCAUCUUGAGUGGGCGUGGUCCUUGGUUCGUGGAUACCCGGUCCUCACCUGCUUUGAACUCGGACCACUGCCAGCGCCGACAGCCGGGUAUCUGUGGAAUGAGAAUAGUGAGCUACAAUGGAAGCAGUCUUACGCUAAAUGGCUGGAUAUUUGGAAAACCGGCGGGAGCUAUAAGUUGGGAGAGCUCUUCAACAUUGAUCCCGGUGAUGAUUUGAAUUCAAGGACGGAAAUGUGGCUGGCGGAAGUGGAUGAAUUUGGGAUGGUUUUGAUGGCAGAAUGUGAGCUCUUUGACCCUGAUUUCUUGGCGAAGCUAAUAUAG